UUACUUGCUGGCCUCAGAGCGAGGCUUAUACUCUCGCUUUACGUCAUGCUGUACAAAGCCUUCCAUGUACUCGCGAGACAGACGCCAAAUCUUACAUAGUUUGUGAGCGCUUAGUACGCCCAAAGUAUGACAGUCCGCCGCGUUAAAUGAAAGGGAGCAGACAAGUAUAGAACAUUUACCAGACUCUCUCAUCGGUUGCGGAACGUCCAUACUUUGACACCAUACAUCAUCCUUCAUCGUAAGUCUUACUUGAAGCUCCAAGCGACUAAGAAAUUACUAGGGGAAGGACUUGUCAGUUCUAAUAUUCUGUUAUUUACCUGGGUUGAUUUUGGUGAUUUAAGACUCCUAUGCAGUUCACGGAAUUUUCGGUCGGAAUAAAUGAACCCUCCCCAAGUCAUCUCUCGCUGGACACAGGGAUUAGAUUUUAAUAUUUAAAAUAAAUUUCGUCAGAUAUCAUUAUUUUUUCACCAACAUUACAGUAUUAGGAAGAUUAUCAUGAUUAAUGACAUGCAAAAUUUAACGUCAAGUUAUCAAUAGACAUUUGCAUCGAGAUGAGCACCAAAUGAGUUGUUCGCAGGUUAAGAUGAAUUUGAAAAUCAUCUACCCGAUUAGCAGUCGUCGAAUUCGCAUCUUCAUUGCCUAGAAACUGUUCCUUGUGAUUACAUAAUGUCUACUGCAACUACAAAAGACGUUUCUACUUGUUCUGAAAAAAAAAGGAUUAUCAUAAGAAGCAAUAAUUCAAAACGGUGCAAGACGGGUGAAAACUGACGUUUGAAACAUGUUUUAAUGCCAUCUUAUGUUCAUUAACACACGUUUUUUUCUCGUUUUUACUUGUAAUGUAGUUUCUUCAUUAGUUGUAGCGUUGGAUACUUUGCUCCGGAUCAUAUUGCACAGUAAUCGACAUCAGUAAACUUUGUGGUAAAGGAUAUUUGACAUUAUUUUCGAUGUGAUGAAGUAAAUGUUCUAACAACAGGAGCGAUUUGAAUCGGCGCUUUCUCAAGGUUAUUGGUACGUCGUGUCCGAUGCGAGCGAGCUGGAAAUCAUUGAUCCAGAUGCUUGCAGUAGUCGGAGCAGCUGCGGAGUACUACACGGCUCUCGUCGGCUUCAUAAUGAGUUUUGUUUACUACGGAGCCGCAACGAUACCAACAGAACUCACCUUAUCCCAGAUCGAUCCCUUAUGCUCUGACCACCCUCAUUGUAGAAACAGCCAUCAGACUUGGUGCAGGCAAGUUACUAUGCAGAGUGGCCCGAAGGAACCUAGUCCGGUCAGCAGCGGCUAUGUCCAACGAUCGAUUAUCACCCCUGUUAUAGAGCGAGUAACCUUGGGUUGCACGCUUAUGGUAUUGUUUUUUCGAUGGUUCUGGAAUUGGGGCUCGAGAGAUAAACCGCAACCAUCAUUACCUCAUCUCAAUUUUCGUGCAUCAUCUCUUCUUAAGUAUGUACUCAGAUCAUGUUACACCCUACGAGAGCCUUUUAUCCCAACGACUUGGGCGUCUUUCGGUUACCUUCAAACCCUUCUAGGUGUGAUCCUUUCGGAUAGCACCAUUAGGUAUCGGAGAGAGGUUCUCCAAAUGUCUGAUGGUGGGAUAGUAGCGUUGGAUUGGGCUUGGAAGAAUUCUUCUGUUUCAAAACGUAAAAGGAGGAAAACAUUGUCCAAAGGGCUGAUUGUAAUCAUACCGGAUUUGGUUGCAGGAUCUGGAAAUGUAUCGCGUCUCUGCUCGAGUGCAUACAACAAUGGUUACGAACCAGUCGUCUUUCAUCGAAGAGGGACCAAUGGUUUGCCUCUUAGUACUCCUAAAUGCCAAAGCCUUGGAGAUCCUUUAGAUCUACGUGAUGCACUGUGCUACCUCUCAUCAAGACUUCGUUCUGGGAGACGGAUUAGUGCUAUCGGUCUUGGAUUCGGAGGGAGUCUGCUUUUGUCGUACCUAGGAAAUUAUGGUUCGUCUUCCAGACUGUCCGCGGCGGUUUGUUUAUCACCCAUCUAUGACCUAGAGUCCACCAUCCAGAAGAAUCGACAUAACUCUCUUUUGAAAUGGUUCACUCUUCAAUUACUCAAAUUGAAUUUUACGAAUCAUGUCAACACAAUGCCAAAAUUCUUCGAUCUAGAUGCUGCCUUUUCCUCGGGUACUUUAACACAAUGGUUAGAGAAUGUCGAUUGCCCUAUGUAUAAGAUGAAAGACAUGGUGGAAUAUUGGGAACAUAACGAACCUUUACGUGAAGCUGAUGAAAUCGCUGUUCCACUUCUAUGCAUCAACUCAUUCGAUGAUCCCGUCGUUAAGAAGGAAGACAUUCCAAAUGAAUUAUUCUCUACGCUACCUAAUUUGUUAUUAAUGACAACUGAAAGCGGUGGUCAUUGUGGGUUCCUGCAAGAUUCUUUUAACCCAAAAUCCUGGGCUCACACAGUUGCGAUGGAUUAUAUAGAAGCUGCAUUACAGUUCACUGAAAACGUUACUAAUGAACGGAAAAUUAGUGGCCGUAUGCGUGUUGAUUCCUGAAUUGGUAUAUUUUAUCGAAAAUCAAACAGAUACCUUCAAAUGUUUGCAUCAUCAUUAUUUUUUCCCCUGCUGGAAAAAAUGUACAUGACUACGUUGUUGAAUUAUUGUCAGUACAAUUUUAUUACUUUAAGUACUAUUCAAUUUCAACAUAUCAUUAUAUUGAUAGUAUUUGGGUUACCAAUAUCAUUUGAGACUGACACUUUGUACUUGAUGUACAAAGCCUCAUUGAACGUAUGGAGUUUCAAUUCGGCAAGCAUUGUUCCAUGAUCCCAAAAAAUCUAUUUCGGAGGUAUUGAUUUUGGUUUAUAUAUAAAUGUCUUACCAUUUUUAACCGAAUAGAUGUUAAAGUCGAUAGGAUUCCUUCACACAAUCCAUUCAGACUAUUGUCGAAAAACAUUUAUCUCCUUGCACUCCAUUUCUCUGUUGACGUAGUUGAGUUCAUGCGUUCUGUAGAUUGCACGAUCCGUUAUAAUGAUUCUGUACGAUGUUUUAAUAAAACCGAUAGUUGUAUCACGAGUAAUGAUGAUUGAUGUUGGGUAAUGGACCGUCUAAUAAGUUUUUAAUCGCUACAUCCAGUAUUUGUUUAAUAAUGGCUGAUGACCGUUCAACUGGAUGGUGUUUAAUUGCAUCCUACGUUAUAGCUUCUAGGGUAUAUUGAUAAUAGGACAGUCUCACCGGCGUUACCACUCCAGACCGACCAACUAUAUUAUGUUAUUUCUGAAUAUAUUUCAUCGGUCGGAUAGGAGUUGGUUGUGACUUUAACUUAAUUGGAGCAUUAUAAUUAAUUACAUGGCCAAGUGGAGUCAACAGCACCAUACAUCGGUUAAAUAGCUAAUGUGAUCAGGUGGUCCCUUCACAAACCAAUAUGGAAAAAACAGAAUUCAGUAUUCAACGAGAUAAAUAUCUGUUAAACAAUUAGUGUAAAACACAUGGAACGGAAGUAAUAAAUAGUAAAUACGCAGUUACUAAUAAUUUUGCGUAUUUCCCUAUAACCAUUUUGUUCAUGGAUGACUUUUGGGGUAAGCCCCGACUUUGUUCAAUGCAAGACAAGAGAAAGGCGUACAAUUACACGAUAUCCAUAGGAAAUAUCUUGCAUGUCACCGUGAUAAUGAUUUUCCAUUUCUUUAUUGUCUUUUGCGGAAUAUCCUGCUUUACAAUGGAAAGCUUUCCAUGAUUUAUUAUCCGCCUUCGCUUAACCGCGAAAAACGGUUUGUCGAUGUAAUUACACAAUUUGUAAUUUAACAGUUUUAACAGUAAUAUAACUGAGAUUUGCUGGAUAGUAUGUAAAGCCAUAAUUAUAAAGAGAUUAUAUUCAAGUAUUUUUUUUCGGAAAUAGAAAGAGUUUGUUCAGAAGAUACUUUAUAACGCGUACCGUACUUUAAUAACCAUGAAUACAUCACGUUUACGGAAACUUGAUGUACUCAUCAAUAGGUAAAAUACUAGAUUGAACGGCAAAUCUAUUUCACCGUCUUCCUUUUGAAAUAGAUACUUGGCUCGUUUAUCUGUUUUCUGUUUGUCCUUUUUCUUGUAAGACUACUGUUGAAUUGCUUAUGGGCAAGUCUUGCACGUCUACAUCCGCUACAAACAUCUCUUAAAUACUAUAGAACACAUUCUUCUGACUGAUGAACAUUCAAAAUUAAAACAUGUUGAAAAGCGAGUCUUUCUUUCAAAUGAUUUUAUCACCACGUAAAGAUGGUGUCGUAAACAUGUCUUAGCUAAUAUUUAUGAUACCAUCGUUUACCAAACAUUGACAUUGGGUUUUAUCUGCAUAUGGGAUGAUUUAUGACAUAAAUUCAUAAAGCCUACUAGAACUCGUCGAUUCCAAUGUGUGGCAAAUGCUGUAUAUUGACGUUGCAUGGUUGUUCGUAUCCAAAAGCAAUUACGGGAAUUACGAUUCUUCACAGAGUUGCGUCUUAUCAUGGUGAUAUGUCUACGAGAUUACCUUAAAAGUGUAUAAUCUACAAUGCACACAACAGUUCUAUUGAGAAAAAAAAAACACGGUACAAAUUGCUCACUAAACAUUGGUCAUGUGUUUACAUUCCGCUCAUAUCUUCUGCAUUUUGAAAUUGAAUAGCAUUGUGCCAAACUUUGUGGUAAUACCACACUGCAGUGGUCGUUAAGUCAACUAUAUCCUACCAAAUUUUGUAUAUUGCACCUCUACAGAACGAUUCGACUGCAUGAGCACAGUGAAAUACAUUGAGGGGCAAUACACAUGGUAAUUGAUACAUGUCUCAAACUUUAUGACGUAGACAAUAUAAUACAAGAAAGGAUGUAGAACAUUCUUAAAAGAAAAAAGAGCAAUUUGAAAAAUUGUGAUUUUAUAGUCUCGAAUGUACUGACGAAUAUCUCAUACAACAGUAUGAAGAUGAACUACAUACAUUGGUCCCAAGGGUAAUAGAUCUACGGGUAUUGUAUCUGUCAUUUGACACAUGAAAACGAUAAUAAUGAGCAUACAUUCAUCAACAUUAUCUUCGACAAAUUGAGUACCAAAUUUACUCUUCAUUUUCACCACAUCCUUAAUGUUGUUUUAUAAUGUAACAUGACAUUUUGAGACCGAGAAUUAAUCUGGAUUUGAUAACUUUCCUCCUCAUUAUAGUAGAUCUAGAUCUCUGCCAUUCAAGCAUAUUACUAGUAACGAUCAUAGAAGUCUGUGCCACAUUACAAUAAAGGCUAAUGGCCCGGAGUUAAUGCCCGAAUCUUUUCACUUGUUUUUAUCAGGGACGUGUCCCUCGUGUGAUAAAUGGUUGAUGAUCUCACAUGUUGGUUGAUCUGUUGAUUUAUCUGCUUGUCUGUGAAAUACUUCAAAAAGCGUCUGUUUAAUCCUCUUUAUUUAUUUCCAUCAAUUUUCCCAAUUUUUCUUCUUCAAAAUAAUAGUCUUGCUAUUCUUAUAAUUGCUUCAGAUUCAGAUUUAUAUGUAAAUCUUCCAAUAACGUUGCUUUUGAUUGUUACGAUAAAGAAACAAAAAUGAAGUAUUUGAAAUAAAGGUUUAUUACAGCUUUAACAAUCUUUUAUUGAAUUUAUUUCAUUCACGUUUUGGCAGCUUGGUAGAAUUUUAGAAAAGAAUAUUAAGGCAAUGAGUCCUUCACAUUUCCUAUCACAUGGUAUAUCUUCAAAAGCAAUGGUUAAUUGGGUUGAUGAUAAUAUGAAUUCUUAAUGUGAUACUAAUCAUUAAAGAAUACCCGAAUGGUUGAAUGGUAUCUAGUUUUAAAGCGUAAUGAUACAUAUAUUCGUGAGAUAUAUGUCUAAUAAUCCAACUUUCUAUGAUUUUUUAAUCUAAAAAAAUUAGUUACUUGAAUUAAAAUAUUGAAGUAAGAUAUAAUUUCUACCAGAAUUAACUGAAACUGUGUUGCAAGAUCAAUAUUAUUGAAAAUGGGAACUCGUAUAAACACUGUCAGUAAAAGCGUGUGAGGAAUGGAUUUUAGGAUAAAUUUUGGAAUAUAUAAAAUGAAUUCUAUAUAACAUAAUUGUAUAUAGGAUCAAAAUUAACACUGACCCCUGUAAAUGAACGAUUUUUUAUACUUGCAUUUCCUGAUUAAUACAGUCUGAACUUAAUGCACAUGAAA